AUGUCUCUCUUUCGAGCUCUAAACGAUGAUAUCCUCAUAUACCUGCUUCCUCACAUUUCUCCUCUGGAUGCACGGCAGCUUGCAAUGACGUGUCGCACCGCCUACGCCUAUGCCAUGCCUCGCUUUCUCUCAGAGGUCAAGCUCGGCUCUCGAAUACCCGCUUGUUACGGAGACAUCCCGUCCAUGAUCACGAGAUUUUGCAAAUUCAUGCUUUCGGAUAUCGCCCGCUGGGGACCUUGUCUCAAAGCUCUCGAUCUGACUGCGUUGCUUGUUAAUAGUUUUUCCUUUGCCAUGUCUUUGGCUACGGUGCUCUCAUAUGCGUUCCGACUCGAACGACUUUAUCUCUCGCCAUGCGAGGAGCUCUUCCGUGCAGCACCUUUACUCCUCGACGCGGUCGCGUCACUUCCACGUAUAUCGGAUCUUACAUUGGCACAGGCUGGCAGUCUCACUUUCGGAUGCAUGUCACGGCUGACCAGUCGCCCGACUCGGAUCUGUAUAACUUCCAGCAGCGUCAGCAUGGGAAGCUCCCAGUCUACCUUGGAUAUAUUACAGCACCUUCCAAUGUCCGUUGCAGAUCUCCGAAUUCAACUGGACUGCAUCCCUGAAUGCGAAUCCAUCCGAGCAGGUACCACUGGAGUUUGGCGCUCUAUUCGUACUCUGGAAUUGACGGGACCGAUAUCAGACCUAUCCACGCUUUCACAAGCGUUCCCAAAUGUGUCUCACCUGAGGCUCGUUCGCUAUAAGGAUGCGCUGACAACCAAAAUGGACCUUAACGAGUCUCAGGCGAGUAGCUGUUGGACCCGCAUUGACCGGGCCGAUAUCAUUGCUACUGGCAUGAAUGCGGUCCCUUGGAUUCCUAUCCGCCGACUUCAUUGUUUUCAGCUGAACCAGGGCUGGCACUCCUUUCUACAAGCUGCCUCUCCCGUGGCACUUACGUGUUACGAUCACGACGUUUUGUCCACUUGCGCUCUCGACUGUGUGAAGGGCCUGCACGGUGUGAAAUUCUUGCAGUACAUGAUCAUGUACGCAAGAGAUGCCAGCCAGCGCGAGCAGGAAUUUGAAGUAUUCCUAAUUACUAAGCUAUCGUCCUUGGCCAAUAUUCCUCUUGUCGGAGUUGCUCUCAACUUCGGAACCGAGCCUUUCACCACCUCCUCAUGUGACAAGUGGUUCGCAUCUCUUGUCGGGAAGAUCCUCCCCCACAUCGUGUACGUUGGGCUUCCCAGCCCCCACGGUCGAUCAUGGACAUACAAAGAUGACUGCACCAUUUUCGUCUGCCAGUGGUACCUCAUCGAGCGCAACGAAGGCGGUUGCAUUUCCGCUGUAGCCCAGCUUUCAGCGGACGAGGGGAGAAGGGUACAUCUAGCCUUGCUCGAGGUCACGAUCGAGUAG